AGCUCGUGGCCUGUGUGUACACAAGUCGGGAGCGCGUCAGCUGACAUCCGCGGCGAGAGCAGCCAGACAUGGAUCAACUCAAAGUCAAAGACAGGAUCCUCGAAAACAUCUCUCUCUCUGUCAAGAAGUUGCAGAGUUACUUUGCCGCCUGUGAGGACGAGACGCCGGCAAUCAGGAAUCACGACCGGGUUCUUCAGCGGUUGUGUGAACACCUGGAUCAUGCUCUGCUUUAUGGGCUGCAGGACAUCUCAUCGGGUUACUGGGUACUCGUAUUACACUUCUCACGACGAGAGGCUGUCCAACAGAUAGAUGAGCUCCAGCACAUAGCUACCAAUCUUGGCCGAAGUCGUGCCUGGCUUUACUUGGCACUCAGUGAAAGUUCUUUAGAAAGCUACCUCCGACUUUUUCAAGAGAAUCAAGGACUGCUCCAGAAAUAUUAUUACAAAAAUGCACUGGUUUGCAGUCAUGACCAUCUCACUCUGUUUCUUACGCUUGUCUCUGGGCUGGAGUUCAUUCACUUUGACCUCGAAUUGGAUGUGCCAUAUCUGGAUGUUGCUCCUUACAUGCCAGAAUACUACAAACCCCAGAAUCUGUUGGAUUUUGAGGAGAGGUUGCCAAGCUCGGAUAGCCUGUCUCUGCACUCUUUCACGUCACUCACCUCUACUAACCUUGAGUGGGACGACAGCGCUAUUGCCCCAUCCAGUGAAGAUUAUGAUUUUGGUGACAUCUUCCCUGUGUUGCAGUCAUUGCCAAGUGCAGACUGGGAAGAAGGAGAAUUGACUGAUCCAGUCAGUGGGCCCCGCUCCUCAGGAUUGGACCCUCAGACUGUCGUCAGCGACUGCGUUGUAUUGAGGGCCUCUGCAUGCACCAUCAGAGCCACAUCUCUGUCGCGAAGCCCUACAAUUCAGCACAAUCCCUUCAAUGAGGACUCAGGCACUAACACUUCCGCUGACGUCACCCCAGUGCACAUGGCUAGCCGGCAUGAUUCAAAAACAGGAGAAGAUGCUGAGAUCACCAACACUGAGCUGGAAGUCAUCAGAAUGGCAAGGCGCAGAAGACAUUGUAAGAAACGACGGGGAAGAGGGUUGACAGACUCUAUGAGCAGUGAGCAGAAUGCCACCUCUCCAGACACUGAGAAAUGCCUUCAGGUUGUAGUUGAGAGAGACAUUGUAUUAGACGAUGUUAAUAUGGACAGUCGGGCUCCUCUGGAGGGGCCAAAUGGUCCUGUCUCAGAGUCUAUGAGGAAUGGGAGACAAAAAGGAGAUGAUGAAGAUCCGGAGGCAGGGCUGAGGCUCCCUGAAAUGACGGACACUUCUAUGGACAGUGUGGGCGAACCCCUCCGUGAUGUCAUGGACAGGCUGAAUGGUUCUUUGCAUGGGGAAAGCUGGCAGCGAAGUGAAGGUGAGGAGGAAGAGAAUGGAACUUGCACUAAUCACGAUGGACUCCCUCAUCAGCGGCCCUUUCGAGAGGACUCAGGUGGUGAACCUUCAGACCCAAGACAUAGCUUCCUUCAGGCCCCCCUGCCACCCGCGGACUUCUACUGCUUUACCUCCCAGAGUCCAGACCCUGCUGCCUGGUGUGGUGGGUGCAAUGACUCUGCAGGGAAUGGCGAGUCGCAGGAUGUUCCUGUUGGCGAUGAAGAUGAGGGAAAAGCAGAAUCACCAGCUGCAGGGCAGGAUCCCUCCAUCCCCGUAGAAAUGUCAGCUGAGGAGGAACGGAAUAAAGAAGAAAAGCAGGAGGAGGAUAAAGACCACACAAUACAGAGCUCUCAUGCUGCAGAGUUUAAGGUGGAUAACAAUCACCUUCUGCUACUCGUGAUUCAUGUUUUCAGGGAGAAUGAAGAACAGCUCUUUAAGAUGGUGAGGAUGAGCACAGGCCACAUGGAAGGAGAUUUGCAGCCUCUGUUUCUGCUGUUGACGGACUGCUACAUUUACCUCUUACGAAAAGGGGCAGCAGAGAAGCCUUAUACUGUUGAGGAGGCGGUAUCUUAUAAUGAGCUGGACUACAUCUCUGUGGGACUCCACCAGCAGACGAUCACUUUAGUGUGCACUAACAGAAGACGGCAGUUCCUUUUAGACACAGCUGACUCAUCUCUGACUGUCUGGUUCCUGACUGUGCUGAAAGCGGCCUUGGAAAAUGGCUGUAGGGAGCUUCCCUACCCCUCUGUUCUCACUGACGCCACCAUGGAGAAACUUGCUCUUUCUAAGUUUGUAUGCCAAGAGACUCCCUGUGAGUUACCUGAGAUGAGUAUCCGCCUGUAUUCUCUGGUUCACUGGGAGGACCCAAUAGAUGCAGUGGUGGCUUCACCAACAUCUCCAUUCAGCUCCAGAGAAUCCAGUAGCACUAAAGAGGGGGCACUGUUGUACCGGGCCAGGAGCACUUAUUUGGGGAAGGAAGUGUGGAAAAGCUGUUACUUGGUUCUCAGCAACGGCAUCCUGUAUCAGUAUGCAGAGAGAACAGAUGUUACACCUCUGAUGUCUGUGACCAUGGGGGGAGGGCACUGUGGAGGCUGUAGGCGUUCAAACAGCUCCGAGAAGCCUCAUGCUUUUCAAGUGAUUCUGACUGAACAUCCUCCAUUAGUGCUCAGUGCAGAAAACGAACUGGAAAUGGCUGAAUGGAUGCAGCUGAUUUGCCAGUCUGUCUCUAAAGGGAUUAUUCCACAUGGAGUAGCUCCUGCACCCUGUAUUCCAUGUUGCCUUGUACUCACAGACAGGAAGUUGCUCACAUGUCACCAGGAUUGCCAGACCAGUUUUUUCCGUUCCCUAGGAGGGGCUGAUCUGAAUGAUAUCACAGCUGUAUGCCUGGAAGAGGAUAAAGAAUACUGUGUCAUUGAAUUUGCAGAAGAUCGUGCUCAGUUUCUCCCACCCUGGGUUUUGUAUUUUAGCGGAUGUGAGGAGCGAGAUCGGCUACUUGGAGAAUUGGGUAAAGCAUGGGCUGCUGUUUACCAGGUAAGCCUACCUCGUAAGCCGGUUUCAGACCCAUCGGUGCAGAAGAGGUGUAGAGAAGCGCAGGAGCUGAUGAAGAGUGCAUGGCAGAGGAGUGACAGCCUACACAGAGGUCGAUCAGAGAGAGAACCAUGGUGCUGAUGACCGGUCUAUCACUACAGUGAGCCCAGGAUUAAAUAAUACAGCAUGGAGGAGUCAGCUCACCAGCAAACCUACUGUUUAUGUAGGUACAAACAGUCACUGUGAGCUCUCCAGACCAGAGUCAAUAUCGAGUAACAUGGUCUCAUGAUAUUUAUCUACCGGUAAUGAGGCCGGACCUUGUUUACACUUGCCAUGCACAAAUAUUUAAGGAAUUAAGAUUAAGGCUUUGGCUAUUAAAAGUGGAAGUCUGCAACAGGCAAUCAAAAAAACAAGAGAUCUAGCAGUUCUCUUCCAUUACAUGUGAUUAUACUAUAUAGAGUGUAAAUGGUAAUAACUCAAAAUCUUUUUUUUUUUUUUUAAUAUCCCCUUCUUGUAUAAAGUCUUUGGACAGAUACUGUACAUCAUGCUUGUUCUACGUAUAUAAAGAGGUACAAACUGCUUUGUGAGCACUUGGGAAAGAGAAGUUUAGUUAUGUUUACACCAUUGGUAUUAGCUGGCUAACUAUUUGAAAGUAUAACGGUUUGCAUGGCAGCUUGGCACAGACACUCAAAAUACACAGAGAGAAAAAAAAGGGGAAUCGGUCCGGCUUUCUUUUAGAUAUCUUAUAUCAGUCAGCACUGGUAACAAUGAUGGUACGGUACCAGCAUGUAAUCGCUUUUGUUAUAUUGGACUGAAGUCUUUUGAUAGGAUCAAUCAAUAAAAUACUGUUAUAAGGGUCAUACAAUUCUAUAAUAUCAUUAGUCUAAGAUAUACUACUUUUAUUUAU